AAUACAAUAAAAUAGUACUUAAAUGAACAAGGAAGGAAAAGGACGAAAAACUUCCGGGUGACUUCGCUCCACAUUCGAGGCAAACGCCGUUUUGGUUAUUCCAACUUGCAACUCUCCAACCAUUGCCGUUGAGAUAUCUCCAAAACCUUCCUCUUCAGAGGACUGAAAGGGCCAUUUGAAAGCACCAAACCGGAAAUAAAAAUGAGCAUCUUCAGCAAAAAACCCAAUCCUAAAGAGGCUCUUCGUGAGAGUAAGAGAGAAAUGGUGCAUGCUACUAGAGGUAUAGAGAAGGAAAUAGGAACACUGCAAUUAGAGGAAAAGAAACUUGUUGCCGAAAUCAAAAGAACUGCUAAAAACGGGAAUGAGAAUGCAACUAAAACUCUAGCCCGGCAGCUAGUGAGGCUUAGGCAGCAGAUAGCUAAGUUACAAAGUAGUCAAGCUCAAAUGAGAGGCAUUGCAACUCAUACACAGGCAAUGCAUGCUCAAUCUUCCGUUGCUGUUGGCAUGAAAUCUGCCACCAAGGCAAUGUCAUCUAUGAAUAAGCAAAUGGCCCCUGCAAAACAAGCAAAAAUUAUACAGGAAUUUCAGAGGCAGUCGGCACAGAUGGAUAUGACUACUGAAAUGAUGUCAGAUGCCAUAGAUGGUGCCCUUGACAAUGAUGAGGCAGAAGAAGAGACUGAGGAGCUAACAAAUCAGGUUCUAGAUGAAAUUGGUGUUGAUGUUGCCUUACAGUUGUCAUCAGCUCCUAAAGGUAGGAUUGCAGGAAAGAAUACUGAAGGUGUUGGCAGUUCAGGUGUGGAUGAGCUUGAGAAGCGGUUGGCAGCUCUUAGAAGUGCAUGAAACCCUGAUUUUUUUUCCUUGGUCAAUAUUUUGAGUGAUGUCAGUUUGUAAUUUUAUGCUGUAGAGAUAUAACGUGAUCAUUCAUGUUUCCAGAAGAUAACCCCUACCAUGAUGUAACUUUGAUUCCCUUUUGGAUGGUUUUCAUUUCUGCAAAUAUUGUUGGAAGUGAUGAAUAGAGAUAGAAAAUAUUGGGUGCUUUGUCGGGACUUGCUACA